AAAAACCAAAAGAGGAAGGUGGUCAAAAACCCCAUUGACAAAAUACGCGAACAAAAAUUCUGUAUCGAGGGCCAGCGUGUUGAAUCACAACUCAGAACCCUUGAUUUUUUAUUUUUCCUUUUUCUUUUCAGAGAAAAGGGGUGAAAAAAGAAGAACCCUUUUCAUGAUCUCGCUAAAAUUUUGACACACAAAGUUGUUUGGCUAUAAUUUUUUUCAAGAUUCAUUUUUUGUGUGUGUGGGGCGAGGCUUGUGAGAGAGAUGAUGAACAGCGGUCCGAGUAAUCACAUGAUGUCCUCAGCGGCAGCGUCUGGGAACAACGCGCCGUCGCCUGGCCUGAAGACGUAUUUCAAGACCCCAGAAGGUAAGUACAAGCUUCAGUACGAGAAGACUCAUCCGACGGGCCUUCUGCACUACGCCCAUGGGAAAACUGUCACUCAGGUGACGAUAGCACAUCUCAAUGAAAAGCCAAUGCAGGCUCCAUCUCAAUCAUCUUCGAGUUUGGGUGUAAGCAGUGGUGUUAGGUCAGCAGCAGCAAGGUUAUUGGGUGGUGGGAAUGGGAGUAAAGCACUGAGUUUUGUAGGAGGUAAUGGUGGAAGUAAGCCGACGAACAGUAACAGUCCUAGAAUAGGAUCAUUAGGGGCUUCAAGUUCGAGUAAUUUGGUUGGUAAUCCGAAUUUUGAUGGAAAAGGAUCCUACUUGAUAUUCAAUGUUGGUGAUGCGGUUUUCUUGAGUGACUUAAAUUCUCAGGAUAAGGAUCCUAUAAAGUCUAUACAUUUUAGCAAUUCGAAUCCUGUUUGCCACGCAUAUGAUCCUGAUGCUAAAGAUGGGCAUGAUUUGCUUAUUGGUCUGAACUCUGGAGAUGUUUAUGCAGUAUCUCUUAGACAACAAUUACAAGACGUUGGGAAGAAGCUCGUGGGGGCUCAGCACUAUAAUAAAGAUGUCGAUGUACCAAUGUUGCAUGGAUUCCCAAUGGUGAUGGGUCGUUUGUUGUUGCACAUGCAGAUGAAUAAAGAUGGCUCUGGUGAUCCCUCAUUCCCUGUGAUCAAGGACCAAACCCAAUUUUCUGUAUCACAUGCACGCUACAGUAAGAACCCGGUUUCUCGAUGGCAUGUGUGUCAAGGUUCAAUAAAUGGCAUCGCAUUUUCGGCAGAUGGUGCUUAUUUAGCCACCGUUGGAAGGGAUGGUUACCUCCGAGUAUUUGAUUACAGAAAUGAGCAACUCAUAUGUGGUGGGAAAAGCUAUUAUGGCGCUCUUUUAUGUUGUGCGUGGAGCAUGGAUGGAAAAUACAUUUUGACUGGUGGUGAGGAUGACCUUGUUCAAGUAUGGAGCAUGGAAGAGCGAAAGAUUGUGGCGUGGGGUGAGGGACACAACUCGUGGGUUAGUGGAGUGGCAUUCGAUUCGUACUGGGUGCCCCCUAAUUCAGACGGUGUUGCAGAAAACGUUGUUUACCGUUUUGGCUCUGUUGGUCAGGACACACAAUUGCUAUUAUGGGACCUAGAAAUGGACGAGCUGGUGGUCCCGGUUCGCCGCCCGGCUGGCGGGUCCCCCACCUUGAGCGCCGGCAGCCAAUCGGCCCAUUGGGACAAUGCUGGCCCAAUUGGCACCUUACAGCCCGCCCCAAGCAUGCGCGACAUUCCAAAGCUGUCCCCACUUGUGGCCCACCGAGUCCACACGGAGCCUCUCUCGGCUUUGAUAUUCACUCAAGAGUCGGUACUCACGGUUUGCCGUGAGGGCCACAUCAAGAUUUGGACGAGGCCCGGUUUUGGCGAGUCGGGUGGCUCGGAUUCCUUGAAGGAAAAAUCAUGCGGGCCCGGGAAAGUUGGGAGCGGGCCCGGCUACAAGUGACGAAUUAAUCGGAGGUUUGUGCAUAGAAAGAAAAGUAAAAGAGUUUUUUUUUGUGAUUUUUAACUUGACUAAAGAGGAAAGACUAAAGAGUGUUGUUGUAUAGGCAGAGGGGCUUAAGAUGAGAGAGUGCCUUUUGGAGUCACUUUUGGGAAUGGAGAGAGAUGAAAGCACAACUCCUAGUUUGUAAAGUAUGGGAACAGAAAAAAGCCUAGAGACAGAUUGAAAUAAAUUAUAAGAUGUUUAUUUUUUUCCUCUCAUUUUUAAGGUUUUUUUACUUCAUUGUUUUUCUUGCUGAUCAAAUCUUGUCAAAGGAUAGGGAGUUGAUAGUUUAUNAAGAUCAUGUGAAUGUGAUUAGACUCUGUUCACAAUUGCUAAUGUUCAAUGUGCCACCACUUG